ACAGAUGACUGUGACGUUAUUUGUUGCCAUGCGUAGCAUCCACCAUCGGGUGGAAGCGUGAAGCGUGUGUUUGUAAUCAAGUUUCUGGUUGCUGUUGUCCUAUGGUGAGCUUGUCCUGAUGCCGCCUUCUACAUUAUCGUCGGCCUCGUACGCCUUAACAUGAUGAAUGCGUUCGAAGCGCUUACCUUCUCCAUCGACGCACUGUGUUUACUUGAGUUCGCGACGUAGAAAAGUAAUCACCCUGCGCAGCUGGCAGAAAUGGGUCGUAUUUUUUUGGAUCACAUCGGUGGCGCCCGGCUAUUUUCAUGCGCCAGUUGCGACACCAUCUUAACGAAUCGCAAUGAGCUCAUCAGCACAAGGUUCACAGGAGCGACGGGUCGGGCAUUCCUCUUCAACAAAGUCGUCAACCUCAAUUACAGCGAAGUUCAAGACCGUGUCAUGCUGACAGGCCGGCACAUGGUACGAGAUGUCUCCUGCAAGAAUUGUGACACAAAGCUGGGAUGGAUUUACGAGUUUGCUACUGAGGAGAGCCAACGUUACAAGGAGGGACGGGUGAUCCUCGAGCGAGCCCUCGUUACCGAAAGCGACGGCAUCGAAGAGCACAUGGGCAACUGACAUCACGUCCAAGUUGAUGUGGUGGCACACAUAUGAACUCAUGCUGUCAAGAGUUCAAACAAGAAUUUCCUCGGAAAGGCAACGUUCACGUGGUUUCGAGACACGUGAGCAACAAAAUGCACCAAGUUUGGCACGGUUACACGUUGCAGUGGCAUUUCAAAGGCAGUGAUGCCCCUGCCCUGUUGCUUACGCGGCAGUGAAGACGGCAGUAAAGAUUUGUCUUUUGUGAUCUCCAGAAUGUGUCUGUGUGCACAGUGGUAAAUUUAUGCAUCAAAGGGGCACUAAGCAGCUUGCCGAAACAUUUAUGAUGUUCCUUAAAAAAAAAGAAAAAAAGUAGCCCACAGCAUCCAAUAUAUGUGAUUUCUUUAGCUCUAGCGAGCAUAUUUGUUGAGAGACAAUGCUAAUGAAAAACCUUAAUGCGCGAGAGUCUCUCUCCUUCCUUCCCUACAACACUCAGCUACUUCACAAAAUCCCCACGUGUCACAAUGCCACAUUCGAGGCACUGGAAAUAUCGACCCACUAGGACUCCUACCCCAUAAGCGGAAUCCACUGUUACAGGCUACGGUAUGUGGAGUGUACCUGUUCUAGGUACACUAUAGCAGUGUUUCCCAAAGUGUGGUCCGUGGACCCCCAGGGGUCCGCGAGAGUGUCCGUGGGGGUCCGCAACCGUCUCUCACAUUUCAGUGAGGAUUUUCGUCCCCACAAACACUCGCUCGUACAUGCUGCCCGAUUUCCAAACACCCAGAACUUCCAAAAUUGCUACAAGCAUGCUUCAACAGCUAGCUUCUACUUUCUGAUAGAAAAGUCCUGCAAUGCACGUUUGUCCGCGUCAUACACAUACAAACAAGAAGGAGAAACCAGUGCGGAAUCGUUUCUGAAGCUGUAUCGAAAGCACGCAGCAACUGACGAGGUUGCUGGUUAUGCACUGGCUGUAACGGUGUGUGUGUGUGUGGGGGGGGGUCUGUGAAUUGGUUCUCAUCGCUUCCGGGGGUCAAUCACCGCCAAAAGUUUGGGAAACACUGCACUAUAGUGACUGUGCUAGAACGCACGUGGUACCAUGGAAAUGGUGUUGCCGGAUAUUUAUUCCAACUAGCAGACAAAUACAGCACUGAAAAUGUAGUGUGUGCGUGAAAUGAAAAUUUCUGUACAUUUGCUACAGUUUGAACUUUCAGGUUCUUAGUAGAACGAAGUUUCGAAUUUGCCUCACUCGAUUCUGCAAUAAAUUAACGUGUCCUGUAGCACGACUGUGUGAUGGAGCGCAACAUCAGAACGACGUGCGGCUAUUGUCAAGCAAGGCUUUGUAGGACAGAGCAUGAGUAUGAAGAAGCGCAGCAAAUACUUUAUUAGUUUGGAGUCAUUUUGUACUUUUUGGCACCAAUAACUUCUUCAAAACUUUCACCAUCAGAAGCAUAGCCCAGUGUAACAACAACAGACACACCUUGUAUACCUGUUUAGUACCCUUUUAAAUUGCAUUCAGAAGAGAAACUUGAUAGCAAAGCGCUUCAACUCUCCAGUUCCUCUUUUGUUUACUGGGGUUUUGACAAUUUGUCCCAAGUUAUACUGGAUACAUAUAAAAGAUCCUUACUUGUGUCUGUGUGAAUCUGCAACCCAAUCACUUAACAAGAACAUUUGGAUACUGAUGCUGCUGAUGCUAGUGCUGCUGUGGUAUCAUGGCAUACCACUACAGCUAGGGAAGCUGCCACAUUCCGAACCAGCAGAAAUGGUCGAGGCUCUAGCUCCUUUGAUGUCAUCAUUGCUUGCAGUUUCAGCAUGCUCAAGAGUGUGCACGUCAUUAAGUGCGCCACACAGAAGAACAAUUAUUCUUCUGCUCUUUAUUAUGGCAUGCGUCAUGGAUUUGACCACAAAUAUCAAGAUAUUGCAACCCCUUAAAAUCGCAUUCCUCUGAUGAGAGUUUUAACGGCAUCGAGUUUGCAUUUUUCCAGGUGGGUCGAACUUGCAAAGUAUUGUGGCACUAGGGUGGCAAAUUUAAUAUUUUUCCUUCCAUUGUGGAACCAAAAGAAAGUAUUUUACUGUGUUCAGAGUGAAAAUGUGUUGCACUGCACUGUGAAUUUUCGUUUGGCUUCUCUGUUGUGUGGCAAUUUUAUGGGUACAGUGCAUAGGUAUAAGAAGCGGCUGCUCACACAUUUGAAAUGCAGGCUCGUACAUUAUUUUCAAAAUGUAUAUAAAAAUACUUCGCCAAUGUGCUGGACAUGCAGGUUGUUUCAAGCACUUGAGAUGUCAUGAACUUGCUAGCUUCCCAGGGGUUUAUUGACACAUUGUGUACUUUCCAACUUGGGUUGGUAAAAUACGGAGAAGCUCAGCUCUUGCUAAUAAAAAGGAGUGUUUGUUGCGAUUCGUACAAAAAUUGUAUAUUUAUAAAUGAUAAUUUUUUCCCUUCAUGUUUAAGUGUGGCCACAUUCAUGUUUCCAAACUGUACUGUGCAUACAAUUGGAACAAUGGUGGCAACCUUAUAAACUGUCACUUUCAACAUAGAGCACUUAGUAAGAGUGAGAAGUCAUUAGCAAGAAAAAUGAUCAACCUAAUCCUACUGAAGAGUUUCACACACACACACGAGAGAGCAUUUAUUUUGAUGAUGCAUGUGUAGAUGUGAAAUCAAACAGCUUCUGCAAAGAGAGUACUAGAACAUAAAAUUGUGGUAAUCAUCAGUCUUGGGGAGUCAACAGCUAUAGGAAGAAAGAUUAAGGGAGCUCAAAAGUUUUCAUUCAUUUCGUUGAAUGCCCAAUCUUUAUUGCAAGUCGACAAGUGUGGCUCAUCACACAUGAACUGCGUAAAGGCUUCUAAACUUUUUCAUGCUUCAUGUGAGAAAACCGAUUAGUGGCAGUGUACCAUUCUAGCUUUGUCACUCACGUCAGUAGUAGUCAUUGCUGUUGUCCGAAAAUAGUAUGUACGUGUUCAUGUGUAACUGUGACGGUGAGGAUGCUGGAAUUGGAACGGAGCUUUCAGUUUCAUCUCUUGGAGAGUCAGACGUUGGCAGUUCUGAUCGCCGUGGUCAUAGUCAUCAGAGCUUAUUUUUGCACAUCAACAGUCGUACACUGAGAUACAUGUGCUCACAUGGGGGUGAAAUUUUGUGCAGUGUUCAAUGUUUAGCCUUCCCAUACCUGCGAAUAGAAUCUCGCAGAUGUGUGGGGUCAGAUUUUAUUGAAUAAGUGGGAAGGCACCCUGGAAAACUUUGUACGAUCACUUGUUUCGUUUAGUAGCAGUGGAGUUUUACAUUGUGUAAUUUUUUUUCACCAGGAAGUUGAGUUGAUGUUAUUUUGUUAUGUCCUACUUGCAUAUUACACAUCGAUGAAAUACUUGGAAAAUAUUGCAAAAUGUAUGGAUUAGAAUUAUAAUGCGUUCUCUCUCUCCCAUAAGUGCACACCUUAAUUAAUUGUUAAUUGUAUAAUUAUUAAUUAAGAACUGUAUACUGAUACAGCAUAUAAAACACACCAUUCAAAACUUGUUGUGUAGUUUUGAUAAGUGCAAUAAUGAUAAUAAAAAUUUGAGUAGAGUGA